AUAGUCAUUAGUAUUCAAAGUACUCCUAAUCCAUGUGAAAUAGGUCUGCCUAUAAAAUACUCAGUUUUUUCUUCACAACACAUAAAAAAGCACGCACACACACACACACACACACACACACACACACACACAAUAUAUACAGGCGCAUAUACAUACAAAUUUUCUAUCUCUAAUCUCCUCCCUCCCCUUCGAGAACACACACACACAGAUAAAAUCUCCUCACAGUACACGCAAAGAGCCCAGGAAUUUGUGUGGGGGUUAAACACAGGGCACUUGGUUUUUUCUCUCUCUAGAAAAUUCGACGGCACUCGUAUAUAUUGUUUCAUAGCACGAAGCGGCAGCAGAGAACCACUCAAGGCGGCGAGUGGAGAAAAAAAGGACUAGGGUUUUUUUUUUUGUCGGAGGAGUUUUUGAGGGUACUGGUGUUCGUUUUAAUUUCAAUCCGAAAAUUUGGAUUCAGUCUAUUUAAUUUUUUUUGAAGUUAUUGAUACGUGUAGACUGUUUCUGAUUUUUCUGGUUAUCUAUUUGUGUUGAUUGGCUGCUCAAACCCUAGGGUUUUCUCGGAUUUUGUUCUUAUCGUUGGGUGGAUUUUGGGGUCUAGGGUUUGAAUUGUUUCACCGGUUUUUUUUUUAGAAUUCUGUUUGAGGGAUUGCUGAAGUAGGGUGAUUUUGAAUUGAUUAUUAUAUGAGGGUGCUCUCUGAGCAUUGAGAAACUGUUGUUAGUGCUGUUUUGGAACAGUGGAGUUGUGGCAGAAAUUCGGAUUUUUCGAAGAAACGGAAAGUAUAGGUGUUUUUAAUUUACUUGACAACGGUACGAUUUUAUCUGUACAGAAGGAUAGAGAGAUAAACCGUAGCUACCAUGUAUAGGAGAAUUCAGAUUCUUUGAUUGAUACGGAGAUAUAAGUUUUCGAGCGGAGAAAUUGGAGUGUUGACGGGAGACAAGUGGUAUUAGUAUAACUGGUGGCAUUAGAUUUGGUAUAGAAGUUAUUCAAAUUCUUUUUGAAGGAGCAUUAAAUUUUGUUCGGUUCUGUGUGGACACGUUGUUAAUUGGCAUUGGCACGCGGCAGAUGAUCCAUGGUCAUUAAUACGGAGAAGACACGCUGAGUUUCUUCCCAUUUUUUCUUUGGAAAGGAUAAUGUUUAGCACUAGUGAUGGAUAGAAGUGAGCCUUCAUUAGUACCACAAUGGUUAAAAAAUUCCGGGAGCUCGACUGGUGGUGGAGAUAAUCAUCCUGCAUCAAGGGUCGCAAGAAAUAAGUCAUUUGUGAAUACUAACGGUAAUGAUUUUGGACGAGCUUCCGGCUCUGCGAAAACCACCUCUUCGUACUUCCGGCGGAGUUCAAGUAGUAACAGUUCUGGUAGUUCUAAGUCUUACAGUAGUUUCGGUAGGAACCAACGUGACAGGGACUGGGAGAAGGAUACAUAUAAUUCUCGUGACAAAGAAAGAUUAGUUUUGGGUGGGGACCGUCACCGCUAUGAAUCUUCGGAAUUAUUAGGAAACCCCUCAUUAAGUAAAUACGAGAGGGAUGGGCUAAGGCGUUCCCACUCUAUGAUUUCUGGUAAGCAUGGGGAGACUUGGCCAAAGAAAGUCGUAACUGAAUCGAGCAGUGGCAGUGGAAAGAAUAACGGGAAUGGCUUUCUUGCCAAGGGAAGUCCUGUUGGAGUGGCGAAUAAAGCUACUUUUGAGAGGGAUUUCCCCUCUUUGGGAACAGAUGAUAGAGCAGUUGUUCCUGAAGUUGGAAGAGUUGCAUCUCCUGGUUUGAGUAGUGCACUUCAGAGCUUACCUAUUGGUAGCUCAGCUUCUAUAGGUGGUGAAAGGUGGACAUCGGCUUUGGCCGAGGUUCCUAUGUUGGUUGUAAGUAAUGGAACUGCUUCGUUGUCUGUGCAACAAGCUGCUCCAUCGAGUACUACUGCAUCUGUGGUUGUGAGCUCAACAACCAGUCUCAACAUGGCAGAAGCUGUGGCACAGGGUCCUACUCGUGCUCAAACAGCCCCACAGUUAUCUCUUGGAACUCAGAGACUUGAAGAAUUGGCGAUUAAACAAUCUAGGCAAUUAAUUCCCGUGACGCCGACAAUGCCGAAAACAUUGGUGUUGAGUUCUUCAGAUAAACAGAAAAGUAAAGUUGGCCUAAUCCAGCAGCAUCCCACACCAUCUUCACUCCCCAUCAAUCAGUCUCCACGUGGCGCGCCCCCCUCAAAGCCCGAUUUUUCAAAGGCAUCUAACGUAGGAAAGCUCCAUGUUCUUAAGCCUGUUCGAGAAAAGAAUGGUGUCACCCCUUCUGUAAAGGAUAAACUGAGUCCAACUGGCAGUGGCAAAGCUGUAAAUUCUACACUUCCGGCUUCUCCAUCUGCAGUAAAGCCCUUAUUGACCACCGCGCUGGAGAAGCGGCCCACCACUCAAGCUCAAAGUCGAAAUGAUUUUUUCAAACGAAUGAGAGAGAAAUCUGUGUCAAACUCUUCAUCUGCCUCGGAAACCGGAACUGCCAUCUCACCAGAAAAGCAUGCUAAGGUGGCGGUUGUGCCUGCUGCUAUUACUGGAGCUGUGGAACCUUUGCCUGAGGAGAAAGCUGUCAGGACCACCUGCAAUGGCGGUGUGCAGCAUAUUAGCAACGGAAAGAAAUACAACUCUGAACCUAUUAUCUCCGAGGAGGAAGAGGCGAAGUUCCUACGCUCGAUGGGGUGGGAUGAAAAUGAUGACGAGGGCGGUCUUACCGAGGAAGAAAUCAGUGCUUUCUACCGGGAUUUUACUAAGUACAUCAAUUCGAAACCGUCACUGAGAAUACUCCAGGGUGUACGUUUAAAAUUCUUGUUGCCGUUUGACUCGCAGAUUGGGGGCAUUUCACCCGGACUGAGUUCGUCCGAUGCUAAGCUGGAGUCUUGAUUUGCUGACCUUGCUGAGUUUGUUUUUUUUUUCGUUUUUUGAUGGGAAAUCUGAUAAUUGUUGGGAGAGCCUCGGUUUAAAUUUUUUCGCUUGUUUACAUUGGGAAGUGGAAUAGGAAAUAACUGAUGAUGUUUGCCCCCGUUGUCUCGGUCCUAGUCGUUUAAAAAGUGACCAAAGAGCAUAGAAAAUAGUUUUUUUUUCUUUUUUCUUAAUCAAGCUGCUCGAAGAUAUUGCUUGUCUGCAAAGUCUGGGUCUUGACAGUUUUGGUUCUUCUUUUUUGGAGGAUAAAAAUCAAGAAUUAUUUACUAUAUGAGUCCUCUGCCU